CUCAUAUUUCACUUGAAAAUUUGGAGAAAAAUUUGGAGAAGCCAUUCAUCUCUCUCUCUCUCUCUCUCUCUCUCUCUCUCACUCUCUCUCUGCUGCUUUGCCACCAAAACCAAAAACCAGUAUUGCCCGCUCACGACCUCCUCCCCGCUAGGCAGAGAAUUCAUCACUAUGAGUGCGCUCUCCCCGACAGCGGCCUUUCCUCCUAUGGCUAUUAUGUUGCAGAAACCAGGACCAGGAGGGUGUUUCUUAAAGCCAUGCGUGCUCGUUGGCGGUAGAGUUGGUAUUGCAGGGAAGAAGCAGCAGCAAGAACAGCAGCUGCAGCGGAGGAAGUUCUUGGUGAAGGCGGGGCCAAAGAGGAUUGCCUUCGAGCAGGAGUGCCGGAGAGGAUUGGUGGCUGGUAUAGACAAGCUUGCUGAUGCCGUUGCUGUCACCUUAGGACCAAGAGGACGCAAUGUUGUCGUUGACGGUGAGCUACCAAAAGUUAUUAACGAUGGUGUGACAAUUGCUCGGGCAAUUGAGCUUCCAGAUGCUAUUGAAAAUGUGGGGGUGCUUUUGGUUCGGGAAGUCGCUAGUAAGACCAACGAUUCUGCUGGUGAUGGGACAACCACUGCCAUAAUCCUGGCUAGGGAAAUAAUCAAACUAGGGCUAAUGGCUGUCGCAUCUGGGGCAAAUCCAGCUUCUUUGAAACGGGGAAUGGACAAAGCUGUAACUGAACUUGUGAAAUCCUUAAGGAAGAAGUGUAGGCCAAUAAAAGGAAGGGAUGAUAUCAGAGCUGUUGCCUCCAUAUCUGCUGGAAAUGAUUGUUUUGUUGGAUCCAUGAUUGCUGAUGCCAUAGAACAGAUAGGCUCUGAUGGAUUCAUCUCAAUUGAGUCAUCCUCAUCUUUUGAAACAACUAUUGAGGUGGAAGAAGGAAUGAAGAUUGACAGGGGCUAUAUCUCUCAUCACUUUGUUACAAACCAAGAUGGUUCAACGGUUGAAUUUCAGAAUGCUAAAGUGCUAGUGACUGAUCAGAAAAUUACCAGAACAAAAGAUAUUAUUCCAAUGCUGGAAAAGGCAACUCAGUUGGGUGUUCCCCUGCUGCUUAUUGCUGAAGACAUCUCUUCUGAGGUCCUCAGUACGUUGAUUGUGAACAAACUGCAGGGAAUAGUCAAGGUUGCUGCCAUUAAAUCACCUGGAUUUGCUGAAGGAAAGAAGGGAUUAUUGCAAGACAUUGCCAUCUUGACAGGGGCUGACCUUCUCACUGGAGAUCUUGGAAUGGACCUAGCUAAUGCAACAUCAGACCAACUUGGUAUUGCAAGGAAAGUAACUAUAACAAACAAUUCAACAAUGAUUGUUGCAGAUCCAUCAACUAAACCUGAGAUACGAGCAAGAAUUGAUCAACUAAAGAAAGAUAUUGCUGAAACAGACAGUGCAUAUUUGUCUGAGAAGCUUGCAAUCAGAAUUGCAAAGCUGUCAGGUGGUGUUGCUAUAAUUAAGGUUGGUGCACCAACAGAAGCUGAACUGGAAGAUAAAAAGCUCAGAAUUGAGGAUGCAAAAAAUGCGAGUCUAGCAGCUAUGGCAGAAGGCAUAGCCCCUGGAGGAGGAGCUGUGUAUGUCCAUUUAUCUAAACAGGUUGCUUCCAUUAAAAAACUGAUGGAGGACCCAGAAGAGAAGCUUGGGGCUGACAUCAUAGGAAAGGCGCUUCUUGUACCAGCCCAAUUGAUUGCGUGCAAUGCUGGAGUUGAUGGCUCAGUAGUAGUCGAGAAUAUCCUUUCUUGUGACUGGGAAUUUGGCUACAAUGCAAUGACUGGAAAGUAUGAAAAUUUAUUUGAUAGUGGAGUAGUGGACCCUUGCAAGGUUUCAAGAUCUGUACUUCAGAAUGCUGUCUCCAUUGCUGGUGUUCUGUUGACUUGUGAAGCUGUCUUAGUUGAGAAAAUAAGAAAACCAAAGCCCGCUGUCCCAUUUGUUCCUGGAAUAACUCCAUAAUGCAUCACAGGAUAUUAGUAGUGCUAGGGCCCAAGAAGUCUAGCCUACAACAGUUUUGUUAGUUAGAUGCGAUGCUCAUAAUUGCAGCCUUGUUUUUUCUUUGUUUCUUCUUCAUAUAAUGUGGUCCUUGCUAUUUUAGCCUCUUUAGCCUAUUUUGUAUGGCAACAUAACCGUUCUGUGGUGCACCUGGGAGGUAUCUCCUUUUUCUGGUUCAGCAGGACUCGAAGUGAUUUACUUGA